AUGGCGUCCAGAGCUUUUUCGCCGCUGAUGCGAUCAAUCGCAAAGACGCCUGUUUUCCCCCGCGUCCGUGGGGCAGCUCCCUUUUCAACAUCCGGCCGACUGCUUAACACGGCAGAAGCUGCCCUCCCCAGAUACAGACCCCUUGGAGCCUUUCGAGCCGGGAUAUUUGGAUUCCUCUUCGGUUCUACUGUUGCCGGCGCAUCCAUCUAUUAUUACAUACUGGAAGAGUACAGACUGUCCAAUGAGACGCUGACAGAGGACAUCUACGCCUUGCAAGCUGCAACACAACGCCUUUCCACCUACGUAGUGGAAUUGGAAGGCAAGCUGGACCAGUUGCAGAAAAAAAAUUCUGGUUAUCCAAUGUCGCAUUCUAUUGAAAUCCUGUCCACUGGCGGCUCCCAUUCCAAUGCGCCCGGAUGGGCUUAUGUUCCAGAUGUCCGCCCCAGCGUCACGCAGCCGGGAAGGACUGGAGGACGAAAACGAGCUGUGCGGGACUCUGGAAUCAGUCAUGGAGACGGUUCAUUAAGGCAACAGAAUGCUAUUCUAAAGCGCCUUGCUGAGUUUGACCGGGACAACCACAGAGACGUCCAUAUCCCGAUUCCAACCAAGCAGAAGGAUACCACCUCGAAAGGUUCACGGAGUAAAACAACCUCCAAUGUUCGUCGUAUUUUGAUGUCUCAAAAGACUUUCAAAAACUAUCUCGAUGACGAAGAAGCUGCAGCAGCCCUCGCUCCACCCACACUACCCCGAACAACCGCUCCGCGAACAGGCAAAACUACAUUAACUACUUCCAAACCUGCGUCGCGAACUUCCGAGUCCCCUCCUCCUGCUCCUCCCGUGGCGUCUGAACCUUCCGCAUCCCCAUUAAUCGUUUCUGAAUACGACAACGAUCCUCUCCUCCGUUCAUACGUUCCCUCCGCACCCUCGGAUCGCAUCUUGCAAGCUCUCCUCUCUGAGCCCCCACUUUCAUACAAUGCAUCUCGCGCGAAAUUUCCUGCUCAUGCGAAUCGCAAGCCUCCACGGCACUUUUGCGGGAUAUGCGGAUAUUGGGGCAAGGUAAAGUGUAUCAAGUGCCGGACAAGGGUGUGCGGCUUGGAUUGUCUACGGGUUCAUGACGACACGACUUGUGAAAAGUUUUAUGCUUGA